AUGUACCAAAAAGUCCUACUCCUUUUCAUCCUCUUUAUAUAUACUUUCCGAGAUUCCACCAAUGCAUUAACCCGUAAGAAUAACCUUUUCAUAAAUGAAAUCUAUAACAAUGUAGAUACAUUUAGAAGACAUUGUGGUUCAGGAUUUAACAAGAAUAAAUGUAAAGUUAGAAACAAGACAAAAUGCAAACAAAAGAGUAAUAAGUUUAACCAGAUAUAUAACAAAUUCAAAGAUUUCCACGCUACAAAAGAAAAUGACGUAAUAGAAAUGAAUGGAAUAGUUGACGAAUGUUUAGCAAACACCAAUUUUGUGGUUCGAAUUCCAAAUGGUGAAAAAUUUCUAUGUUUCAUUUCAGGAAAGUUAAGAAUUAAUAAAGUAAAAAUUAAUCUAGGGGAUACUGUCAAAAUACAAAUUCAUAAGUUAAACUUUGAGAAACGUAGAGGAAAAAUUGUAUUCAGGUAUUUGCAACACGCCCCUCUGGGAAAUAAAAAGUGA